AUUCUUUCUGUGUCCUGGCCAAUGAUCAUUUUCAAAUAAUCUGUGUUACUUUCAUGAAGAGAAUGUUUAGGAAUAUCUCCAUUUGUUUUGCUUGGAGUGACUACUUAUAUGUUGCAGGAAUUUUUUAACUAAUUGCCCCAUUUCACAAUGUGACUUUUAUCUUUUCAGAUUGUCAUUCUUGGUCCACUGUAAUCCAAAAUGUGCUUUGAUGUACAAUGGAUAUUCCUGAGUACUUAGAUUUGGAUGCAAUAGAUUUUAGUGAUGAUACGUUUGGCAGCUCCACAGCAAAAGCCCUUCCUGAGCUGUACAAAAGAUCUGAAAUGCAGAAUGAAGAUCGAAUAGUUUCUAGUUCAAAUUGGCCUUCUGGAAGUACAGCAUCUGUUGGCAGUGGAAUAAAAUCCAAAGGGAAUGCAGAUGUAUACAGUAAAUUCAGACCCGUGAAACGAGUUUCACCUCUCAAGCAUCAACCAGAAAAACCUGACAAUGACAAGAACAUUGAAGAGCAUGAACUUAAGAGUGAUUAUAAAAAGCAAGAGGAUACUGAAAAUCCAAACCUGUUCAAUACCUCGUGCCACAACAAUGGACAGUGCUUUAGGAUCAAAGACACUCAGACCAACACUUUGCUUGAUGAACUUGAACACUAUGAUUUGGAUAUGGACGAAAUUUUGGAUGUGCCUUAUAUCAAAUUAAGCCACUUUCCUUCCCAGAAAUGUAGUCCUUUCAAAAAGGCUGCCCUGGAGAGUCACACAAGCAUGGAUAUGAGAGAUGAUGGAAGCAGGGUCUGCACAGCAGUGAAAGCUGAGAACCCAUCUUCCAACUUAACACAAUUUUGUAUUUUGUCGCCAGUAAAUAACUUGGAAUUGAGGAAAUUAAAACCAAAUGCCACAAACCAACAAGGGCAAGCAACUGGAAAUUUAGAGAGUUCUGUGCAUGAGAAUGCUGUGUAUGAUGCUGAAGCCCAGGAUAAAAGCUCAGUCAGCAGAACUUUGUUUGUUGAUCCACAUGGCUAUAAAGUUGUCAGUGCGAUACCAAACUCACUACCAAACAGGUCUUUGUCUCUGCAAUCGUCAGUGGGGAGCAAAGUAGAAGAAGGCAAUGGUAGUACAAAUGGGAUUACCGUGGGAGGAUCUGGAGAGAAGAGUGAGGAAGCAAAAAAUGUUAAAAGCAUUUUAAAUAUAGUCAGAGAAGGACAGAUUUCACUUUUGCCCCACUUAGCCGUUGACAAUUUGGAGAAGAUUCACGAUGAACAUGGAAAUAAUCUACUGCACAUUGCAGCCUCACAAGGACAUCUUGAAAGUUUGCAGCAUCUGACCACCUUAAUGGCAGAGGAAUGCUUGACAGAACGUAACAAUGAGAAACUAACGCCAUCUUCAUUAGCUGUAAAGGAAGGAAAACUUGAAUGCCUUCGUUGGCUGAUGAGUGAGACUGAAGCCAUUGCUGAACUGAGUCCUUCAGAUGGUUACCCUGCUCUUAUACAUUAUGCAGCAUGCCAUGGUCAGGAAAGGGUUCUUCUGUGGCUUCUACAAUAUAUGCAAGAACAAGGAAUAUCUUUGGAUGAAGUUGAUCAACAUGGAAACACUGCAGCUCAUGUUGCAACUCAGCAUGGUCAUCUGACUUGCCUUCAGACCUUAGUCGAAUAUGGAGCAAAUGUGACAAUACAGAAUCAGGAUGGAGAGAAGCCGUCCCAGAGUGCAGAACGAGCCGGUCACACUACUUGUUCACGUUAUCUGGUGGUUGUAGAAACCUGCAUGUCUCUAGCAUCACAAGUGGUGAAGUUAACAAAACAACUAAAAGAACAAACAGUGGAGCGAGUCAGCUUGCAAAAUCAAUUGCGGCAUUUCCUCCAAGACCAGGCAACAGAAACGUCGGACCUUCAAUCUGCGGGUUCCUCAAUGCCAUCUGAAAAUGGUAAGAAGAAAAAAAAUGUGUUGAACGAUCAAAAGGUCACUUCUGUAAAUGAACAUGAGAGUGCAACUAAAUGCAGCGCUGAUUCAAAACCGAAGACAACAACAAAAGGGAUGCUAAAACAGAAAGGUGAAGAAGCAGACAAAAUUAUUCGUCAACUUUUGGGAGAAGAGAUUUCUGGGAAUGUGUGCACACAAGAAAAACUUUCAUUGGAAUUUCAAGAUGGGCAGGAGGCAAGUGUUGUGACAGGUUCUGCAAGAAAAGCCCUGAGAGACAAAAGAGAACUUAAACUGACCAGACUCAGAUAUUCUCAAAGAUCCUCUAGUGAGUCAGACACUGAUUCCCAUAUCGGUGAAGAUCAGAAGAGUUUUCCCAAUAAGAGAGGUAACAAGAUACGACCACAACCCAUUGUUGAAAAGGAGGAAUGCGCUGCAAAAGUACAGUUCAUGAUUAAAAAGCACACUUCAGCAAUUGGCAGAAUGUUCCCUUUUGUCCCUAAAGCCUCUGGUGCAUCAGACGACCAAAGUCAUUCUCCUGUUGCUGAAAGCCAUGAUAAAUUUACUGACUGUCAGCAUCAGACAAGAAGUCCAGUUAGGCCCCAACUUACUGAGGACACAUCUCUGCUCUGUGCCGAUAAUGGUGACAUGCAGAAAAUGACAAACAGUCCAAAAAGUGCUCUUAAAUCACCAACUUCAAAAAGUAGAGUGUCUCAGAAUUUAAAAUUAAGAGUCACUUUUGAGGAACCUGUUGUGGAAAUUGAGCAAACAGUUUGUGAAUUAGAUAACAGAAAGGAUAUAGAAAGUGAGAAAACAUUACCAAAAUCUCCAACUAGUUUAGAAAUAAUUGACCCAUUGAACAGAUGUGGUGGACAACUUCGUUCACCUGUGGAAUCUACAAACACUAACCAGAACAACAAUAACUCACAAGCUGUCCAUUUAAACAUGGAUUAUAUCCCCAGUUUACCACUGAAUUCUGCAGGAAGGAAAGUUGGAGGUUCAAAAUCAAGUCUUUUAACAGCCACAAAAGUUAAUACCAAGACAGUAAACGUGGUAAAAUCGACAAAAUAAUCCAUUGUUUAAAUCUUUUAUCACACUAAAAAGCCAAACUAACUUUUUAUUAAUAUACAAAAACUAGAAUCAAAUUUUAUUUUGGGUACAUUUGUAUAGAAGAAAUUAAGCUGAACAGAUCUGAGCAUAUGUUGACUUUUUACUACAUUGAAAAAAUAUAUACUGAUGUAAAAAAAGAUAUAGUAAUAGUUCCAUAGUUUCUUGCAAAUAUGCUGUGAUUGGUUCUACAUAAUAAAUUUUCAGUAUUUUAUAAUAUAAAUUGUAUAGUGUAGGAAAGUGGGAGAUGAAUGUUAAAACUAGUGUCUGCACAAAAUCUAAUAACAGACCAAUUAAAACAUAUUGAUUUU